CCACAUUCGGCACAAAAAGAAACGUGUAGAAAAUUCAUAAGAGUUUUCCUCCACAUUUUUGAAGAUAUCAUCGUAUCUGACGCAGAUACAAGGUGAGAUGACAAUGCCUGAACGGAAAGGUCCACUGACUCUCUUACUGGCACUGUUCCUGGCCAUAUAUAUCAACCAUGCAGAUGGCCUUGCUGUUAUGUCAGUUGAUCUGGGAAGUGAAUUUAUGAAGAUUGCUAUUGUAAAGCCAGGAGUGCCUAUGGAAAUUGCCUACAAUGAAGAGUCAAAGCGUAAAACCCCAGUUGUCAUCACAAUGAGGAAUGGAGAGCGGUUGAUUGGAGAUGGAGCACUGACAACAAGUGUCCGGUAUCCCAAAGCUGCCUUUAAGUUCCUGAAUGACCUCCUAGCUAAGCCUCUGGAUAAUCCACUUGUUCAGCAAUACCAGCGGAGAUUCCCUGAUGCCACCCUUGAGCAGGAUGAACAAAUGAAUACAGUCGUUUUCAGACAUGAGGGUGAAACAUACAGUCCAGAAGAGCUACUAGCCAUGGUUUUGGAAAAAGCGAAAGAUAUUGCAUCAACAUUUGCUGAACAACCUGUGAAGGAGGCUGUGAUUACAGUUCCAGCUUAUUUUAACCAGGCUGAGAGGAAGUCUGUGAUGAGAGCAGCAGACUUGGUUGGAUUGAAGGUCCUACAACUGAUGAAUGAUAACUCGGCAGUGGCUCUAAACUAUGGUGUAUUCAGGAGGAAGUCCUUUAACAGCACAACACAGUACUACAUGUUCUACGACAUGGGCUCUACCAGUACUACUGCCACUGUUGCAGCCUACCAGGUUGUGAAAACCAAGGAGGGAACCAUUGUGGAGACCAACCCCCAGGUCACUAUUAAAGGAGUGGGAUAUGACAGGUCCCUUGGAGGAGUAGAAUUCCAGUUACGUCUACAGAAACAUCUGGCCAAGCUGUUCAAUGAGCAGAAGAAGACUCCCCAAGAUGUGACAGAAAUCCCUAGAUCUAUGGCUAAGCUUUUCAAGGAAGCUGGCAGACUAAAAACCGUCCUUAGUGCAAACACUGAACAUUAUGCUCAGGUUGAGAGCUUAGUUGAGGAUAUUGACUUCCGUGCAAAGGUUACCCGUGAUGAAUAUGAAGAGAUGUGUAAAGAUCUCAUGGAGAGAGUGAGCAAACCUAUUAAAGAUGCCAUGGAUGCUGCAGAAAUAUCUAUGGAAAUGAUAAAUGAGGUUAUACUGAUGGGGGCAGGUACACGUGUUCCAAAGGUGCAGGAGAAGAUUCUGGCUGAAAUAAAGAGAGAAGACCUGGGAAAGAGUAUAAAUACAGAUGAGGCUGCUGCACUAGGUGCUGUUUACCAAGCUGCCCAUCUCAGUAAAGGAUUCAAAGUUUUGAAAUUCCUGGUAAAAGAGGCCAACAUGUUCCCCAUACAGGUUGAGUUUGAAAGAACCAAAGUUGAUGAUGAUGGAAAGGAGUCCACAAAGACUGUGAAACGUACCCUGUUUGGACGGUGGAACCCAUUCCCCCAGAAGAAGGUGAUGACCUUCAACAAGCACACCACAGACUUCACAUUUGAUGUUAAUUACGGAGACCUGUCAUUUUUAUCUGAGACAGAGCUAAAGACAUUUGGUGACCUUGAACUGAACAAGGUGUCACUGGCGGGUGUAGCAGACGCACAUACCAAAUAUGGCAAGGAUGCAGAGUCUAAGGGGGUCAAGGCACACUUCAAGAUGGAUGAGAGUGGAAUACUGGUUCUAGAUAAGGUGGAGUUCCAAUUUGAAAAGCAACCAUCACCAGAAGAUGACCAGUCAACAUUGUCUAAACUAGGCAACACAAUCUCAAACUUCUUCUCUGGCUCAACAGACGAGAAGCCAUCAGAGGAUGUGAAGGAAGGAGAGGCUAAAGAGGGUGAGGCUAAAGAGGGGGAGGCAAAGGAAGGUGAAAAGAAAGAGGCCACUGAGGACCAGAAAAAAGAGACUGAUGAUGAAACUAAGGAGACACCAGAGAAAGAGGAAACCAAAGAGGAGGCAGAAAAGCCUGCAGAUGAAGACAAACCAGCUGAUGACAAACCAGCUGAUACUGAACCAACAGAGGAAAAAGCUGACACCACUGAGGGCAAGUCUGAUGAGGAGACUAAACAGGAAGGUGAUAAGACUGAGGCUGAUGGUGAUAAAGAGGAGACAAAGAAUGGAGAGAAGAAAAAGAAGGCAAAUGGAGAGAAAUAUGAUUCCAGGGAAGGCAAGAAAGACAAGAAGGGCAAGAAGGGAGACAAAGACAAGAAGGAGGAGAAGGAAGAAGAGAAGAAACCACCAAAGCCACAGACAAUCAAAGAACCUAUUGAGGCCAAGACAGAACAUAGAGGUCUACCUGAACCCUCUGAAGAUAAAAUACAGUCAAUGAAGAAAAAGAUUGAUGAUAUGAGAAAGAAAGAUGAGGAAAAAAGACUUCUUGAGAUUGCCAAAAAUGAACUGGAGUCCUACAUAUUCACCUACCAGGAUAAACUCUACCAGGAGGACUAUGAGAAAUGCUCAACAGAGGAGGAGCGUAGUGUGUUGUCAGGGAAACUAAGUGAGGCUUCUGAUUGGCUGUAUGAACAGGAAGACAGUGUACCAACUCAGGACUAUAAAGAUAAGCUAAAGUCACUCCAGAAGGCUAUGAAAGAUGUCAUAUUACGUGUAAAGGAGGUAUCAGAGAGGCCUGCUGCCUUAGAUGCGCUCAAAUCUAUGCUCAACUAUUCAGUUCACUUCAAAGAAGGCAUGAAGAACUUUACAGCAGGUAUGACUGAAGGAGAUGAGAUCUUCACUGAAGUUGAGUUCAACACACUUGCCAAACUUGUCAAUGAAACUACGGCCUGGAGAGAAGAACAAUUGGCCCUGCAAGAGAAAACCCCCCUAUAUGAAAAGCCAGUAAUCCUUAUAGAGGACAUUGCAACUAAAGUGCAAGCCCUCGAUAGGGAAGUGAAGUAUCUUGUUAGUAAGGCGAAAUACUACAAGCCCAAACCUAAACCAAAGGAAGAGACUAAAGCAUCUAAUACAACUACUAAUACAACCAGUGAGGACAUUGGCACUAAAAAAGUAAAAGAUGAUAAAAAAGAUAAAAAAGAUAAGAAAAAAGUAGAGGAUGAUGAUGAAGAUGUUCAGGUAGAAGUAGAGAAUGGAGAUGAACCUGUAACUGAAGAACCAAUAAAUACAGAAACUAAAAAUACAGAGUCUAAUACAGAAUCUACCAAAACAGAAGAACAAUCUGAUAAUAAAAAAGAAACAGAAUCUUCAGAUAAAUCAGACAAUGAUGAAAAAUCAGAGAAAGUUGAAACUGAAGAAACUAAACAUGGACAUGGAGAAAAUGGUCCCGAUGAUGAAUUAUAA